AUGGAUGGAUAUUCAUCACUUUCAUCAAGUGGUAAUAGUAUAGCACCACCAAGACCAACAAAUAAUAGUGUUGGUGGUGGUAGUAAUAGCAAUAAUUACAAUCAAAGAGAAAUCACUACCCCAUUGAGAGGUAUGGUACCAAAUCUAGGAGAUGGAUCAUCAUCUCAAACUUUAUUAUUCAAGAAUAUAUUAUUAUUACAAGAUGUUGAAUUCUUUUGUUCAAUAUUAGAUAAUUUCUGUAGAUCAUCAUCAACACAAAAAAUAACAGAUCUAAUUAAUUCAUUAAUAGUUAUCUUAGAUGAUUCUUUUUUAGAAUUAUUAAGAUUAUUUAUAAAACAAACUAUUGAUCAAGCUAAACAAUGUUCAACUGAUGAAAGUAAUCCACUUAAUUAUCAAAGUUUUUAUAAUUUAAUUAAUAGAAUGGCGGCAAUUUAUUUAAAAUCACAAUUAGGUGGAUUAAUGGAAAAAACAAUGAUAUCACAAGUUUUAAAUUUUACACCAAUGAUUCAAGAGCAAAUAGUAAUUUUAGCGAAUAAAGAAGCAAAUAAAAAUAAUAAUAAUGUACUAUCAGCAAAUUCAACACCAAAUGUAACUGCAUUAAAAACUUCACCUGCUAUAGGAUCACCUAGAAUUAUAAUGGGAAGUAAUUAUAAUAAUAGUAGUAAUAAUAACAAUAUAGAUUCAAUAGAUUUAAAUAAUAAUUCACCAAACAUGUUAAAAAAUAAUUCACCAUCAACAUUUAUUAAUGGAAGUGUUCCACAAAUAAAUGGUGGCGGUGGUAGUUAUAAUCUUACACCAAUUUCAUCACCAACCAUUGGUAGUUCAACACCAACAAUAAUAACAUCAUCAUCAUCAACAACAACACCAACAAAUAAUAAUAAUAGUAAUAAUAAUACACCAAUAAUUUCACAAACAAUUAUACAAAAUAUAAAUGUAGAACAUAUGAAAGAUCAAAUUUCUCAAUUUUCAAUAUCAAUUAUAAAUACAAUUUUUAGAUCAAUUGAAAAGUUUCCACCAACAGUAUUUCAGUUAUUUGAAAUGUUAUAUUUAGAUAUUCAUCAAGUGUUUUCACCCGAUUUUUGUUUUGAAUUAAUGAAGAAAAUCUUUUUCACCAAAUUGAUUUGUCCAAUCUUGGCAAAUUUGAAAUCACCACCUAAUAUGGCCAAUGGUAAAUUCUUUACGAAAACCUAUAUCGAGAUUUCAAAAGUAGUAUUGGAUAUUGCAUUCGAUAGGGACCAAUCACGUCGUGGUAGUGUAACUACACAAGAGCAAAUUAUGCACUUUAUAAAAGGUAUGAUCUUUAGAAACACUCAUUCUAUAUCUAUGACUGCCGCAUUGAAUCCAACAUUGAAUAAUCAAGUUAUACCACCAUCAAUUCCAUUACCUUCAAAAGAAGAAGCUUGUAACAAUUUCAUAAAUAAUAUUCGUAGUGAAUCCUCUGAAUUGGAAGAAUCAUUUAAACGAGCAAAAGAUUUAAAUACUUGUAUUUCAUUUGCACGUGCUGACCGUCAAAUUUAUUUAUUUUCAAUUUUUAAAGAAAUGUUAAUUAAUUUUAAAAUUUCAUUUAAUUUAUUAAAUAAUAAUCAAAAUAAUAAUCAAAAUAUUAAUCAAAAUAAUAAUAAUAAUAAUAAUCAAAAUUGUAAUAGUAAUACAUCAAGUCCAAUAAUUUCAUCUAGAAGUGGAUUUUAUACAUUAAGAAAUUCAUCAACAAAUUCAUCACCAACUAAUCCACCAUUAACUGCGCGUGGUAAUGGUUCAAUAUCAAUAGGUAAUAAUAAUAAUAAUAAUAAUAAUAAUAAUAAUAAUAAUAAUAAUAAUAAUAAUAACAAUAAUAAUAAUAAUAGUGGUGGUGGUGGUGGUGGUUUAAAUAAUAGUAGUAAUUUAUUAAUUAAUCCUUGGGUAUCAUCAUAUCAAAAUUCAAAUAUUUCAAAUAGUGAUCAAGUUCAAAGUACACGUGUUGUUCAAUCAUUUAGUAAGAAAUGGACAUCUGAUGAAUUAAGACCAACUUAUUUAGGUAAAUCACCAAAGAAGAGAAGUUGGGUAUUGGAUAAAAAGAAUAUAAAAACUCAAAUUAUCAAUUUACAUAUUUUCUUGGACAAUUAUUCAGUUUGUAGAAUUGUAACAGUACCAAUGAAUAUCACUUUUCAAGCAUUAGCCAAUAGAAUUCAUACUGAUUCCGAGUUUUCUGAUAUACAAUUGAAUAAAGAAGAAUAUGAAAUGGUGAUACGUUAUCCAGAGGAAUCCAUUACAGUACUCAAUGAUGAAGGUAAUCAAGAAGUAAUUUGUGAACCGGAAUUACCAUUAUGGAUGUUUGAUAUUGAUACAGAGUCAAUUAUAAUUUUUAGACCAAUAAAAAGACGUUCACCAUCAAGUUCGUUUAAUAUAUUUUUAAAAUUUAUUUUCCCAUCAAAUUCAUCAUUUAAUUCCUCAUCUUCAUCAUUACCAUCUACACCUCAUCAAAAAAUUAAUCCAAUGAUUUUGUACAUUAAUCCACAAUCAACACCACAAUCUAUAAUUGAUAAAUUUUCAAAACUUAUACAACCAUCACUCUUGGAUACAGCUCAUUUAGGGUUCUAUUUACGUGAUAUCGAUGAUGAAUCAUCUUCACCGCCAUCUAUUAAAAUUCCAAAUAAUAAUUCAUUUGCUCAUAAUAAAAUUUCAACAAUGGAUAUUAUUGAAUGUGGUCCACGUUUAUCAUAUGAAUUUAGUAUAACAGUUAAUGGUACAAUUCAAAAUAUUCUAAUUGAUUUUGAUAAUCAAAUUGAUAAUGUCGCAAAUAUAUUCUAUAAUAUUUAUCAACAUUUAAUUGAAUUAUCACCAAGAUCAUUAUCAUCAUCAUCUUCAUCAUCUUCUGAUAUAAAUAAUAAUAAUAAUAACAACACCAACAAUAAUAUUGAACUUACAAGUAGUGGUAGAAUUUUAACCUCAAAUGGUUCAAAACAUAAUAGUAAUAAUAGUAAUAAUAGUAGUGGUAGUAGUAAUAUUUCUGAACAAAAUUUAAAAAGAUCUUCUGGUAUAAUUGAUAGUAUUAUUAAUGGCCAUUCAAAUAAUAAUAGUAAUAAUUAUGCAUUAGCAUUAUUAAGUAAUUCAAACUUUUUACCAAUGUUUUUACCAGGUCAAUCAAAAUUACAAGAUUAUUGUUUUAAUGUUGGUGAUGAAUUAAUACUAACAGAGAAAACAUUUGUUCAAUUGGUUGAAGUUUUAGCAACACCAAGAAGACCUCCAAUAGCAUUAUCAUCAUCUUUAAGUCAAUCCAAUGCUUUUAACUCAAAUGUUUAUAAUUCAAAUGCUUAUAAUUCAAAUGUUUAUAAUUCAAACCCUUAUUUAUCAAAUUAUAAUGGUUUAUCAUCUCAAAGUUUAAAUUCAAUGAAUGUGGAUGGCGCUGGUGGUGUUGGUGGUUUUAAUGGUGAACAAAAUCAACAACAAAAUAAGGUUAUUGCUAGGGUUAGAGUAAUUUGGGCAGGUUCAAAUAGUUCAGUAGAUAGAUUACAAUCAUUUAUAAAUACUUCACAAAAUGUUAAUACAACUUAUUCUGGUAGUACAAUGGCAUUGAAUGAUGUUUUGAGUAAUCCAAAUCAAUUACUAUCAACACCAUUAUCACGUCCAUUAUUAUCAACUGUGAUAGCUCAAGAUAAUACAUACAUUUGUACAUCUAAAAAUGAUUAUUGUAUGAAUAAUCAAGUUAAACUUUGUAUAGUAGGUGAAGAGAGUCAAGAGAAAUUAUCAUUUUAUAAUUCACUUAGAAAGAAUUAUUCACAAAAUGGUUUGUUAUCAUCUGGUGGUGGUCGUGGCGGUGGUUUCUUUGGUAGUAAUUUCAUACCGUCGUCAACAAGUAAUGUAAAUGAAGUUUCAUCAAUCGACGGUGUAUUACAUACGAGUGAGUUGGUAGUUGGUUCAGCGGAAAUCGACCAAAUUACAUUGAAAACCUUUUAUAUAUCAGGUAAUGAACAAUAUCAAGUGGUUCAUCCAUUAUUCAUAUCACCACAAUCAUUAUUCAUUAUCACAUAUAAUCCAAUGAAUAUUAAUUCAACAAUGAUUAAUUAUUGGUUAGAGAUUAUUCAAACUAAAGCACAAGGUUCUACGGUUUAUUUGGUUGGUUUAUCAAAUACUUCAAUUGAUGAGAAGAAAUUUGUUAGUUUUAAAUCAGAAUAUCAUCGUUUGUUUAGAUUCAAUAAUAUUAAUAGUUAUUCAAAUAUCUCUUUAAAGAAUUCAAAACAAAUUAAACAAUUGGUACAACGUUUACAAAAUAAUGCAAUGAUGAAACAAUAUCAUUAUAAAAUUCCAUUAAGCUAUUCAAUUCUAAAGAGUCAAUGUCAAGAAUCAGUAAAGGAGGCUUAUGCUAGAAAUAAAAUGCCAUUGAGUUCAAUACCAUUGAUAAAGAAUAUAGCAAGAAUAUUUAGUAUUGAACCAAGAGAUAGUGAAGCUGCAAUUAAAUAUCUUUAUGAAAUUGGUGAGGUGCUUUACUAUCGUUAUGAAGCCAAUGAUCAAUUAUUAAAUGAAUUGGUAUUUUUAGAUUCAAUGUGGAUGUCAAAAUUAAUCUCUGCAGUGUUGGCAUUGAAAACUCAAAAUGGUAUGACAGUGGUCGAUCAAAUCACUCAAGCCUGGGCAUCAUUAUUCCCACAUUGUAAGACAAGUUCAUUGUUAUUCCUUUUAGAGAAGUUUGAAUUGGUUUACAUUUCAGCUGAAGAUAGUUCAGUGAUUAUUCCUCAACUAUUUGGUGGUGAAAGACCAAUGGUUAUGAGGGACCUUUGGUCACCAACUGCUCAUGCCAAUAAUGAAUAUUUAAGAAUCUAUGAAUUUCAAUUCCUUCCAAAGGGUUUCUUCUCUCGUUUAUCAGUACGUGUACUUCAACAUUAUGAUCCAUUAUGUAUUUGGCAAAAUGGUAUGGUACUUCAACCAGCAGGUCAAUUAUGGGGUGGUGCAGCUAAAUCAUUUGAUUCUCAAUGUUUGAUAGAGUACGAUUCAGUAAAUUUCAUUCUAAAAGUUUCAAUUCGUGACGAUAAUAAACAACAACAAUUGCUAAAGAGUAUCGUUGAUUUGGUGUCAUCUUUCAUUCUUUGGUAUUUCCCUGGUCGUUUAAGUAAUGUACGUGUAGCAUGUACACAUUGUACCAAUCAACAUAUAGAAAAUCCAACAAUGUAUACUUUAGAUUAUUUAGAGAAUCAAGCAUCACUAGGUCAAACCAAUGUAAUUUGUAAAGCACAACUAGGUGGUAUCAUUCAUGAAACACUUUCACCAAGAACAACUAAAAUCGAUAUCUAUUCAUUGGCAUUUGAAGUAACAUUCAAUAGUAAUAAAUUCUCUGUAAUUCCUUAUGAAACUUUGAAAUUUGGUCCACAAUUAGGUAGUGGUUCCUAUGCGAAUGUUUAUCGUGGUAUUUGGAAUGGUAGUGAAGUGGCAAUCAAAGUAUUGAAUUUCGAUGAUGGUCAUGCCAAUACCACAGAAAAGUAUAGAGAAUUUAGAAAUGAAGCACAUAUAACUGGUGAACUUCGUCAUGCAAAUACAGUUUCAUUGAUGGGUGUAUCGUUAAGUCCAUUCUGUUUGGUUACAGAGUUACUUCAAUAUGGUGAUUUAGCAAAAUUCAUUAGAAAUACAGCUGAAACUUUCUCAUGGGGUACUGUAUUGAAAUUGGCUAUCGAUGUUGCUAAAGGUAUGAAUUUCCUUCACAGUUGUAAACCAAUGAUCGUUCAUAGAGAUCUAAAGAGUGCAAAUAUUUUAUUGGGUGGUUCAUCAAUGGACAAUUUGGUUGCUAAAGUUGGUGAUUUCGGUCUAUCGAUUAAACCAAUUGGUAAAGAGGUUAAAGGUAGAAAAGUUUGGAAUUGGAGAUGGUUAGCACCAGAGUGUAUGGGUGAUGGUCAAUAUACGGAAAAGAUUGAUAUCUAUUCCUAUGCAAUUGUACUUUGGGAGAUAAUCACUCGUGAUUUACCAUUCGAAGAGUAUGUUGAUCAAUUGAAAUGGAAUUCAAUCAUUGAAGAUAAAAUUAUGAAAGGUUUACGUCCAACCAUUCCAAAUGAAUGUCCACCUGAUAUGAAACAAUUAAUCACAGAUUGUUGGAGUGGUGAUCCAAAGAAAAGACCAUCUUUCAAUUCAAUUCUAGAACGUUUAUCAACAAUGCAAAAAACUUUUAAUCUAAAUGAAAGAUUAGAAUUUUGUAAACAAUUACCACCAAUUAAUGAAGAUCAAAUAAAUCAACAACAACAACAACCACCUCCACAAUCACAAGCCGCCCAACAACAACAACCAUCAACUUCAACUCCACCACUAUCACAACAUCAACAAAAAUUAUCAAUUUCAAAUUUACAAUUAAAUAAUUUAUUAAAUAAUCAUAAUAGUAAUGGUAGUAAUAGUUCAAUUCAAUCAAGUUUAAGUCAUAAUAAUAAUAAUUUAAAUAAUAAUAUAAAUAAUAAUAAUAAUAAUAAUAAUAAUAAUAAUAAUAAUAGUAGUGGUGGUAGUAGUGGUGUAUCACAUAGUGGUAGUAGUGGUAAUAAUUUUGUAAUUCCAAUUAUAACUGCAAUUGCAAAUGGUGGUAUUGGUAGUGGAGGUAAUCAACAUCAACAAAAUGGAUCAUCAACACCACAUUCAAAUUCACAAUCAAAUUCAGGAUCUUCAAGUGUUUAUGAAAGUGGUGAUGGAUCAUUAUCAUCAGCAGGUAGUUUUAAGAUAUUAAGAUAUGAAAUGGUAUUACCAGUUGCUUUCACAUCAACUAUUCACUCACUAUAUCCAGUUCAAAAUAAUAAGAAUGAAGUAUUUGUUUGGUGUGGUAUGGGUGAUGGUUCAGUUUGUGUUAUUAAUUCAGCAACUAGACAAAUCGUAUCAACCUCUAGAAUUGCAGAUUCAAGUCGUAUACUUGGUUUUAGUUUAAUUAGAAAGUGUACACCAUCAUCAAGUAGUGUUACAUUAACAAGUAGAAGUAGUUUAAAUUUAAGUUCAUUAGCAAGUGGUUCAACCCCAUCACCCUAUAGUAGUGGUGGUAGUGGUGGUAGUUUAGGUAGUAGUUAUCAACCAAUUUGUCCAACCAUUGAAGAGGAUUCACAUAUUUGGGCAUUCUACAAUGAGGGUAUACUUUGUUUUGAAGCGAAAUCAUUCAAGCUAUUGAAAACCAUUAAAACCAAUUUCAUUACGUCAUUGGUAGAUGAAGGAGAAUCAGUUUGGUCCAAUUGUAAAGAGAAAACAUCUUGUAUCAAAGUAAUUAGUAAAUCAAAAUUGAAAACAAAGAAACUAAUGAAUGUAAAGACAUUGGAUGCUCAAAUCACAACCAUUCUAAUUCAUCAUUCAAGUGUUGGUGCAGUUGGUGCAAGUAGAGUUUGGUUGGGUACUGAUAGAGGUAUGAUAUUCAUUCUCGAGUAUCCAUCAAUGGCACCGAUUGCUCAUCAUGAAAGUCAUGGUGGUGCUUUAAUUCAUACAAUUAAAAGAAUGGAUAGAUUCGUCAUAACUUGUAGUGAAAGAGUGAUUUGUAUAUUCGAUGAAAGUGGUAUCAUAAAGAAAAGAUUGGAUGGAUUAGCAUCAAGAGUUUUAUCACUUUUAAUUUUAGAUACCUAUAUCAUUGGUGCUUGUUAUGAUAGUACCAUUUUAGUUUGGGAUUCAAAGCAAAACUUUAGAAUGGUUCAAUCAUUAAAGAAAAAACAUACCGAUGCUAUCUCUUCCUUAGCUUUUGCUCUCUCUCCUCAAGGUAAACCACAAUUAUGGGUCGGUGGUUGGGAUAAGAAAAUUACAACUUAUUCUUUCUUUGAAGAUUUGGAAUCUUCUUUAUCCAUUGCUUUACAAACUCCACCUCCAUCUUCCUAUCCAACUUUAGCAACUCCAAGAUUAGGUUUGGUUAAUGUUUCAAAGUCAAAAUUAUUUGGUUAA